AUGAGUGAUGAGGAUUCUCCUCUAUCAUCAAAUGAAGAAUUAGUAAAUGAGAAACCUUCGUCUUCUACUGGUAAACAUAUUUAUUUUGAUGAAGAACAUGAUGAUAAUGAAGAUUUACCGACACAAAAAAUAAUUGAACGUCCAAUUACAUCAACUAUUCGUGUUGAUGGUAGUGAUUUAAUAACACGAUGUAAAGAUUUUAUGCCAUUAUUAUCAGAUACCAAUGAAAAUUCAAUACAUAAAGAUAAAUUCAAUGAAAAUAAUGAUGAUGAUGAAUUAAAUUUACCAGAUCUUAAUGAUGACUCAUCAUCCGGAAAAAGUGAAAAAGAAAGUGGUGAAGCUUCAUCAACCACAGAUGAAGAAAUUGUAAAGAAAAAACGUAAAAAGAAAAAAAAGAAAAAGAAAAAAAAAGUUAAAACAGAUGAGAAUUUAAAUCAAGAUGUUAAUGUUAACAAUCAAGAUGUAAUAUCACAAUAA